UGCGCUUGUCAUCAUGGCGGCGCGGGGCCAUGUGCAGGAUCCGAACGACAGGCGCCUCAGGCCCAUUUACGAUUAUCUUGACAAUGGGAACAACAAGAUGGCGAUCCAGCAGGCUGAAAAGUUGCUUAAGAAACAUAAAGAUCUGCACUGUGCCAAGGUGCUCAAGGCUAUUGGGUUGCAAAGAACUGGAAAGCAAGAGGAAGCAUUUGUUUUGGCACAGGAGGUAGCCGCUUUGGAGCCCACCGAUGAUAACUCUUUGCAAGCCCUCACCAUACUGUACCGGGAGAUGCAUAGACCGGAAUUAGUCACUAAACUGUAUGAGGCGGCUGUAAAAAAGGUCCCCAACAGCGAGGAGUAUCAUUCUCACCUUUUCAUGGCUUAUGCCAGAGUGGGAGAAUACAAGAAAAUGCAGCAGGCUGGAAUGGCUCUUUAUAAAAUUGUCCCCAAAAAUCCAUACUACUUCUGGUCUGUUAUGAGCCUGAUAAUGCAGUCUAUUUCUGCACAAGAUGAGAAUCUCUCGAAAACAAUGUUUCUGCCUUUGGCUGAGAGAAUGGUGGAGAAGAUGGUGAGAGAGGACAAGAUAGAGGCUGAAGCCGAGGUUGAAUUGUAUUAUAUGAUUUUGGAGCGCCUAGGGAAACACGAAGAGGCUCUGGAGGUCAUAAGAGGCAAGCUGGGAGAGAAGUUAACAAGUGAGUUGCAGAGUCGUGAAAACAAAUGUAUGACGAUGUACAAGAAGUUGAGAAAAUGGCCGGAGUGCAAUGCCCUCUCCAAGAGGCUUCUCUUAAAAAACUCAGAUGACUGGCAGUUCUAUCUCUCCUACUUUGAUUCCCUCUUCUACCUUGUUGAGGACGGGUGGACACCUCCAGCACAAGAGCAGAUGUCACUGGAAGGCGAUCUGGACUACACGUUAGAACAGGCGGCCCAGUUUGUGGAAGGACAGAUAGCAGCAGAAUCCAAGAGCCAACGCCAGCUCCGAGGGCCGCACCUAGCCAAGCUGGAGUUAAUAAAACGUCUGCGAAAGAGAGGGUGUAAUAAUGAGUACAAGCUGGGAGACCCAGAAGACCUGAUGUUCCAGUACUUCGUUAAGUUUGGAGACAAACCAUGUUGCUUUACGGACCUCAAGAUCUUUAUAGACCUUCUCCCUGGCAGCCAACACAUGAGUUUUAUAAACCGAUUGCUGGGGUCGUUACAACUUACUACAGUGGCUGCAGGUGAACUCGCGUUGCCAGAAGACAUCAAGGCCUUGCAGAGACAUCUGUGUGUCGUUCAGCUCACCAGGCUGCUUGGUAUUUACCACAAGAUGGACAAAGCCCAGAAGCAGGAGGCCAUACGCGAGAUGACCGCACGAUACAGGCAUGGGCUAGUGUUUGGGAAGUCAUGUCUGAAAACAGAGCUGCAGUUCUCAGAUUACUACUGUCUCGUAGGAGCUCACAUGCUUCUGGAUCUAUGGAUGGAUGGUGAAGAGUGGGCUGUGUGGCAUUGCUUAACUCUGUUAGAAGAAGGGUUAAAUAACAGCUCAUCAAAUGCUCAGUUUAAACUGCUACUCAUUCGGAUUUACUGCGCCCUGGGGGCGUUUGAACCCGCAAUGGAGCUCUACUCCAGCCUUGACGCGAAGCACAUUCAGCACGACACCAUUGGGUACCUGCUGACCCGUUUUGGAGGACCCUUGGGUCACUACACAGCUGCGUCUCAAGCCUGCAACGCUGCUCUAAGGUUUUUCCACUCCAACCAGAAAGAUACCUCAGAAUAUAUCAUUCAAGCAUACAAGUAUGGGGCAUUUGAGAAAAUCCCAGAAUUCAUUGCUUUUAGAAACCGGCUGAAUAACUCUCUUCACUUUGCACAAGUGCGAACCGAACGAAUGUUACUGGACCUGUUUCUUGAAGCCGAUAUUAGCUUAGAAGAAAAUGUAAAAUCCAUGAGCCUGAGUCCAGAAGAGGAUGACAUUCCAUGGAAGGAUCUUCGAGAUAACCGGGACCUGACCGUUCUCUUUAAUUGGGAUCCAACGGACAGAAACAUUUCUGAUGAGCAUAGGCAGCUUUCCCUGGAGGAAGAGCGCAUCUGGCUGCUGAUCAGGUCAUUAACAUUACGGUUGGCUUGUGGACUGCCUACAAUAAGCCAUUCACCUGAGCCCAAGAAUUCUGAGAAGAGUACGGAAAAUGGCGUCUCCUCCAAAAUUGAUACUGUUCGAGCCUUAUUAAAACAGUUUGAAGUGGCGGUGAAUUCAGGCAUGGAGUUUAAUGAGAGAAAAAUCAAGUAUCCGUUCAUUGGUCCUCCUGCAUCUCGGCUGAAUGGAUUCCUAGCAAGCGGCAGCUGCCAAUGUCAGACAGGAGCUUUUCUGCUUGUGAACGAUAUUUACGAUUUGGACACAAACGGUGUAGAGGAUACCUCUGGCAUCCAAGAGAAAAUCGGGAACAAGUUAAAAUCUUCUCUGGAACGUUUAAAAGAUCUUUUUAACCAGUGUAAAGGAGACUUGAUUGACACCCAAGGAGGACACUGCAGAGCUUUCCCUCGCGUUAUAGAAAACUUGGUCUUCUUUGUUGAGACCAUCUCUAUAUGCCUUUGGGUAUCGGGCUAUUUUGUGAGUGUCCUCCGGCCUUUCAAAUCAACUCUGCAAAAAAAGAAGAAGAAGAAAAAAGAAAGUGGGGCCACACCUCCAGUAUUUACCAGUUUCCAGGAGUACACUACUGGCAUUCAUACUCUAUUAUCCAAUGCAAUAGACCAUCUAAGAGGACUGGAGAUCUCGCUGACCACACUGAAACUUGAAGAGCUCUCAUUGGAUAACGUAAUAUUUUCAGAGGAUGAAAAGAAGUUUACAAAGUUGGCCAUGGACAGGGUUCAAAACAGCUACCUUCAUUCCCUUCAAGAAGUUGGGGAGGUUUUGAAAAAAAGACUAGAAACUGUCAAGAAGCUAAAAAUCUAGAAUGUGAACACAGACCUUACACAUGACAAUAUUGUGAGCUCUUCGUGGCCAUCUUAACCUUAAUCCAAAACUUCCUGAGAAAAUGCAUGAAGGACUAAAAUCAUCAAUUUUUUUAGGUGUGAAAAAUGAAUUAUAUACAGCAGAAUUAAAUUAUUGUACAUAACCUAGAA